AGGAAUAGAGUGGCCCGCUCGGGCCAGGACUUCGGAGGCGCUGCAUUGACAGAAUGCGCUUCUCCAGAGGAGACUCCGACGUGGGGGCUGUGGGCAACUCCAGCAGCUCCUGGCCUCUUGCUGCCGAAGGUGCCAACAGGAGCCUGGAAGCGGAUGGGCUACGGGAAGGUGGCAGCCCGCCGGAGGACGUGCGCAAUGAGGAGUUGGCCAAGCUGGAGAUCGCUGUGUUGGCGGUGACUUUCGUGGUGGCCGUGCUAGGCAACAGCAGCGUGCUGCUGGCGCUGCACCGCACCCCGCGCAAGACGUCCCGCAUGCAUCUCUUCAUCCGACACCUCAGCCUGGCCGACCUGGCUGUCGCCUUCUUCCAAGUCUUACCGCAGCUGUGUUGGGACAUCACCUAUCGCUUCCGCGGACCUGACUGGCUGUGCCGAGUAGUGAAGCACCUGCAGGUGUUCGCCAUGUUCGCGUCCGCCUACAUGCUGGUGGUCAUGACCGCUGACCGCUACAUCGCCGUGUGCCACCCACUGAAGACUCUGCAGCAGCCCGCACGCCGCUCGCGCCUCAUGAUCGCCGCCUCUUGGGUGCUGAGUUUCGUGCUGAGCACGCCGCAGUACUUCAUCUUCUCCAUGAUCGAGGUGAACAAUGUCACCAAGGCCCAAGACUGCUGGGCCACCUUCAUCCAGCCUUGGGGUACCCGCGCCUAUGUGACCUGGAUGACGAGCGGAAUCUUUGUGGCACCCGUGGUCAUCUUGGCUACCUGCUACGGUUUCAUCUGCUACCACAUCUGGCGCAACGUCCGCGGAAAGACCGCGUCGCGCCAGAGCAAGGGUGCAGGGGAAGCAGCCCGCGCCUUCCAUAAGGGGCUUCUGGUUGCACCUUUUGUCAGCAGUGUGAAGACCAUCUCCCGCGCCAAGAUCCGCACAGUGAAGAUGACUUUUGUGAUUGUGACGGCUUACAUCCUCUGCUGGGCACCUUUCUUCAUCAUCCAGAUGUGGUCAGUCUGGGAUGAGAAGUUCAUCUGGACCGAUUCAGAAAACCCUUCUAUCACCAUCACUGCAUUAUUGGCCUCCUUGAAUAGUUGCUGCAAUCCUUGGAUAUACAUGUUUUUUAGUGGCCACCUCUUGCAAGACUGUGUCCAAAGCUUCCCAUGCUGCCGAAACAUGAAGCAAAAAUUCAACAAAGAAGAAACCGACAGUAUGAGCAGAAGGCAGACUUCUUAUUCUAACAACCGAAGCCCCACAAACAGUACCGGCACAUGGAAAGACUCGCCUAAAUCUUCCAAGUCCAUCAAAUUCAUUCCUGUUUCAACCUGAGCCCACUUUCAUACAGCCUGACUCUUGUAACUGACUUUUUGGUCCAUUAGCUGAAUCCAGCUAGAAAUCAUAAGAACAAAUAAGCUUAUAUGAGAUAAGCUUAAAUCAGCUCAUCGGGUACAAGUCUUUGUUUCUAGUUGCAUUUUCAACAUUGCUCUGACCAAA